AGGUCGAGUUGACGUGAUGUCAGGAGACCUGGAGUCAGAUCGCCACGGUGACGACAUGGAGCCGUCUCUGAAUCUGUCCGAGUUUCUCUUCACCUCGUCCCCGCUGGAGACGAGUUUGGGCGACGCACAGGAAGUGGCCGAUGGCCGGAGUCGAGACGCAGACGUGCAGAGCUGUGGACGGUUGGAGAGGAGGUGGAUCCUCUGGCACGAGUUCAUGAAGGAACACGCCCACCUGGACGCUUGGCUGCGAUUGGCUGAACAGGCCGUCACUUCCCCAAACUUCGCCCCCGUCACCUACUCCGCCGCCAAAGAAGAUCUGAGGACGUUUGAGAGGCUGCGGUGCGAGGCCGGAUCUCAGCUCGUCCAGUUGGACAGUCUGACCCACAGGAAUCGAACACUGACUCGACUGUUCAAGGGCGCCAUGCGGGCUCGGCUGCUGGCGUCGGCGAGGGAGUGUGGACAACGAUGGGACGAUGUGAACGCCAAACUGGAGACUGUCACAGCACGGCUGAAGCUCUUCAUCUCAGAGUGGGAGGGGUUUGAGACAGAGAGGGAGGAGCUUGCUCUGUGGUUGGCCAACCUAGACGUCCGUCUGACUGUGGUCGAUCAUCUGAAAGGAAACACCUGUGAGAAGCUGAGACGGCUGCAGUCCUUCCAGCAGGGUGUGUGAGGGAACUCGGGCCGUGUGAACGCCCUCCUGCAGCGCGGCGAGGUGUUGAUCCAACGCAGCGAGCCGACCGACGCUCAGCAAAUAGAGAGACGCCUGCUGGAGUUACUGCGCCACUGCAGCCACGUCUACAACAACAUCGCACGGACACACACACGACUGCUUAGCAUGAGACUGGUAUUUGAGGACGAAUGGAUUCUGGCCACAGACUCAGGUUGUCCUUCAGAGUCUCUGUUAGAGGACGAGGGAGCUCCUGAUAACUCUCACCUGGACGCUCCUGUGGUUUCAAACCAUCCUAAAGUCAGCGGCCAAUCAGCUAACCCCACCCUGACCUUCCCUUCAGACCCGCCCUCCCCCGUUCGCCACCCUCCUCCUCCUCCCUCUCCUAACCAUGAGCACCUGGGGCUGGAGUGGGACCCUUCCGUUGAUAUCGGACGCUCUGUUUCCUGUGACGACCGCGACUCGUCGUACUUCAGUGUCAGCACAGGAGAUGUCCUGAAGAGGUGGAGCUUCUUCAGUUCGCGCAGCUGUCAAUCUGACAUCAGCAAUGACAUCACAAACCAGGAAGAAGACUUGCGUCUGGGACGGCUGGACCACACCCACCCCGCUGUCUUCUCGCCAGCAGCGACCCAGGAGGAGGAGCCACGGCUGAGCGACGACCAGUGGGCGACCUCGACGCCCGAUGAACGGAACAACGAUCCAGUCAGCUUUGAUGGCGGGCGAGUGAGGGCGUGGCUGGGAGUUCAGAGCCCCACCCCUCCAGAGAGAAGGACUUCCUGUUGUUCCAAAGCUGUGCAGACUGACGAGGCUGAAGAAGAAUCGUCCUGUUGUGAAGAAGCUGAGCAGAACUCCUCCAAACGAAGAGUGACGUCCAGCGGUGCCUCCUCCUCCCCGACCCUCCUCUUCCUCCUCCUGGCUGCAGCUCUGGCCCUGCUGGCCUGUCUCACCUGGGUUGUCCAGGAUUCGCCGUGCCACCGUAGCGACAGGAUGCGCCGUAGCUUCCACGUGGCGCUGAGAUACGUCAACGGGCCGCCACCCACCUGAACACCGCCCACAGCCUGAGAGCAGAACGACCUGAAACGACAGAAACCAGAUUUACAAACAUUUACUCAACGUCUACUCCAUGUCCCAUCUGCUAACAUGGAGGAGGUGGAGUUCAUGAGGCUGUUGGCUUCUUUUCUUCAUGUCGUCCAUGUCUCGAGCGAAUACUUAAAACUAAACUCUUUUCAGGGUUUAUUUGGCUCCACGUCCGAAUGUUGAAUAUUUCUGUUGAACUGCCUCGUCACAUCACACUCGUAUUUAUCAUUCAUUAAAAAUAUUUCGUACCAAGUUUUAUAUUCAGUUCUCUAAAUUACUCACAGAGAAAAUAUUAAAGUUUAUGUUUAAGUUUUGUCCUGAACCAAAAAAAUCCAACACAUCCAACAUCACAGCUCCGCCUUUUCUAAAUCAUCCGUCCACUUCCUGUUAUUAUCGUGUGUGUGUGUGUGUGUGUGUGUGUGUGUGUGUGUGUGUGUGUGUGUGUGUGU